AUGCCGUGCAAUUGUGCAAUCGCAGUUGAUAACGGGUUUGCGUAUACAGUAGAUGGAGUACUCAAGGAGGGUUUCUUGGAAGAGCGGAUCUCUGAGUCCCGUGAUCAACGAAAACAGGUGCUGCAAUUCUGUAAAGAGUGCCCACUGGAGAAAGCUAAAAAUGGAGAGAUAAUGGAACCAUGUAAAGGGCAUAUUAAGAGGAAAGCCAUUAAAGAGUGUUGGUACAAAUGUGGAUGCGCUAAGAGAUGCGGUAAUCUGAGUGGUCCAAAGAGGAAUACACAACAAAUUACAGUCGUACUUUUUAAAAUUCAGGUGUUUUUCACGCCGAAUGGGAAAGGUUGGGGUCUAAGGACUCUGGAGAGAUUGCCUAAAGGGGCAUUUGUUUGUGAGUACAUUGGAGAAAUAUUGACAAUCGCAGAGUUAUACCAACGUAGCUUCGGAGAUAAACUCACUUUUCCUGUGCUAUUGGAUGCACAUUGGGGUUCUGAAGAAUCUUUAGAGGAUAACAAAGCACUGUGUCUUGAUGGGUCACAUUAUGGGAAUAUCUCAAGGUUCCUUAACCACAGAUGCCUAGACGCGAACUUGAUCGAGAUCCCAGUUCGUGUCGAGACUCCAGAUCAGCACUACUAUCAUCUUGCAUUCUUCGCAACAAGAGACAUUGAGGCAAUGGAGGAACUCACAUGGAGGCCAUGCAGUUGA